AUGAAGCCUUCUGCAAAAAAAAAGAGGAGGGAUGUAGAAUACGAUAGUUGUAUAGAUUUUGAAUAUUUGUAUAAAAAAAAAAAAAAUUAUAAAAAAAAAUAUUCUAUAUAUAGGGAGAAAAAUUAUAGUGAUUCUGAAAUAUAUAAUAAAAGAAGAUUUCAAAUAAAAAAAAAAAAUGGAUAUAUAUAUAUACAUAAACAUUAUAAUACAGAUAAUAAAAAAUAUGAGAAGAAAUUGUGUUUACUUGAUGAUGUAAUUGUAUAUAAAAAUUAUUUUGAUAAAUAUGAUGAACGAAACAAUGAAAAAUUAAAAAUUUUUAAAAAUAUUUUAAAAAUAUAUGAAAAUGUAUCGAAUAAUGAAAAAAAACAGUUAUAUCAAAUAAUAAAAUCUUGUUCAUAUACACAAGGUGGAUUUCAAAAUAAUCAAAUAAGACAAAAAAUAUGGUUAUUGUUACUUGGAUUUAAUAUUAAUUUAUCAAAAAAUAAGGAAUAUAAUGAACAUCCAAUAAAUAUAUUAUGUAAAAAGUAUAUAAAUAAAUUUAUAUAUAACUUUUCUAAUCAUUUUAAAUUUAUAUGGAAUAAACCACAAUAUAGAUCAUUAAAAUUUUGUACAACUUCUGUUGUUACUUCUCAUAUAAAUGACAAUAUUAUUGAAAAGACAAAAAAUAAAAAAUAUAAUAAAAUUUCUAAUUUUCAAAUUUCAAAACAUUUAAUAGAAAAAACUAAUUCUGAUAUUCAUCAAAAUGAAAAAUCAGAAACAUUAACUAGUUUAUUCGGUAAAGACAGGGGGAAUAAUAUAAUAAAUAAAAAUGCCGAAAAUAAAAUUGAACAGAACGACUUAACAAACAGAGGUAUCAAUAUAAUUCCCAAUUCAACUAGGAAAGAUAUUUUCAAUCCUGAUUUUUCAUCUAUGCGUUUACGAAAAAGAAAAAAAAAAUGCAUAUUCGGAAACAGGAAUACAAUAAAUGGCUUUUUAUCAGAAAAAAAAGAUAAAAAUGAAAAUUUGAUUAAUAUAAAAAAAAAAAGCAAAAAAAAUAAUGCACAAUAUAGCAAAGAAAAUACGAAUGAAAUGCUAGAACAAACAGAAAAUAAUAGUAGGCAAAUAAAAUGUACAAAUUUGUUUGCAAAUGAUAAAAAAUAUCAUAGAAAUUAUUUGUAUAAAUAUAUUUCGCCAAAAGAAAAUACCGAACUUGAUUUCUUUAUCCAUUUAUCUAAUUUGGAUGAAUAUUCUUCAGAAGAAUUUCAAAAUAAAAAAUUUUCUGAACAUUCAGAUUAUUCAAAUAAUUCUAGGCAUCCUAUAGAAAACAAAAGUAGUACAACAUCAACAUUGUUAUCACCCAAUGAUUAUUGUUAUAAAAAUAAUAGUGAUGAUAUAUCAAAUAAAUUAAAUGAAAAAAAUAGUGAAAAGAAAUGCCCUCUUCGAUUUUUUUUAUCACCAAAAUCUUUUGAUUACGAAUUUAUGAUGAAAAAAAUUCGUAAAAAAAAAGGAAGUAAUAAAUAUUCUAAAAUUCUAAAAUUAUAUUUUGAAAAAAAAUUGAAUAAAGUUAAAAAAAAGACAAAAUUAUCAUUUGGUAAUAUUAACAAAAAAACAAAAAGAUUUAUUAAAAAAAAUUCAAAACAAGUUGUAAAUUUAUUAUUAAAUUUUGAAGAAAGAAAUAAAAAUAAUAAUUAUGAUAAAAAAAUUAAUAAAAAUUUUAUAAUUAAAUUGUUAAAAAUAAUAUAUGAAAAUGUAUUAGAAGUAGAUAUAUAUAUAGUUGAUCAUAUAAUUAACAAAUAUAAAUCAAACAACAUAAAAAACGAUAUAAAUGCAAAUCCAGCAUCUUUAUAUUUACAAAAUAGCAUAAAAUAUAACUAUGAUUUAAAUAGUAACUUAAAUAAAUGGCUAAUUGAUAGUGUUUUAUUAGAAGAAAAUGAAAGAAUGCAAGUUAAGAAAGACGUAAAAAGAAGUGUAAACACAUGGAAUAUACAUAAAAAUAUUAUUUAUGAAAUUAAAAAAAAAUAUCAAUAUAUUUUAAAAAAUAUUAUCUGUAGUAUUUUAUAUAAGCAUUCUAAUAAAAUAUAUUAUGCUCAAGGAGUUCAUGAUGUUUGUUUAGUUUUCUUAACUGUUUAUUUUCAUAAUUUUUUUAUGAAAUAUCAAAAAUAUGUUUUUUUAGAGCAUUUUAUAUACAAAUAUGCUAUAAAUAAAAUAUGUAGAGAUAUUUUUGAAAAAAAAUAUAAUCACAUUAACUUACCAUUUCAUAAACAGCGUUAUUAUAUGACCCAUACAAAUAAAAACAACAUUGGUAUUAAUUUUAUUCAUCCAUUUUCAGCAUGUUGCCAAUUUAGUGCACCUUCUGAAGAAUACACGCAUUGUCAAACGGGUCUUAUCGACCCAGCUUGUUCAAACUUGUGUAAAGUAAAAAAAAAAAAAUCGAUAAAUUCGCAUAAUGAAAAAAAUGGAGCUAUUAAUGUAAAUAUUGGUGGACAAAAAAAGCAAAAGGAAGACGAUCAAUACGAUAUUCUCCAAAACAAUAUUAGUAAUAUGUUUUUAAUAGAAGAAAAAUAUAUUGAAAAAAUAUGUAUACUUAAUAAUAUUAAAAUUGAAAAAUAUAUAAAAUAUAAAAAAAAAAAAAAAAAAAAAGAAUAUAUAGUUUAUUUGCUUUGUGAAAGAUUUCUUUUAUUCUACAUGAUAGAUUAUUUAACAUUGUCUUUGGAUGUUUCAAUUAAAAAUACAUUUAAAGGUGUUGGAUUAUUAUUAAGAUAUUUGGAUGAAGAAGUAUAUAAUGUUUUUUGUAUAUUACAAAAUGAACAAGAAUGUGAAAAUAAAAAACACAACAGUCAAUAUCGUAAUAAUCAAAAUAAUGAAAACCAACAAAAAACAUUACAAAAUAAAAAUUAUGAAAAAAGCAAAGAUAAUAAAACAGAAAUUAAGAAAAGUUCAUUACAACUUAGUGGAACAGAAUUUUUUUUUUGCUUAAGUUGGGUUGUUACAUAUUAUGCACAUGUCAUCACGGAAUUUAAUAAGCUAGCUAGAUUAUUUGAUAUAUUAUUAUCAAAUGAUGGUGUUUUUAUUAUUUAUUUUACAAGUUCUAUUAUAUUGCAUAAAAAAAAAGAACUAUUAGAAAUAGUUGAUAAGAAAAAAAAAUAUUUAUUAUAUAAUAACAUGUAUACCGAAAUACAUUACAUUUUUCAAAAUCUAAAUUGGAAAAAUAUAGAUGUUGAACAUAUUAUUAACAAGACAUAUUAUUAUAUGACUCAUAAAAUAUCUUUUGAUAAAUUUUUAAAAGAAAUGAAAAAAAAAAUAUCAUUUCCACCUUUUUCUCCAAUAUAUAGUUCACCAUUUAUUUUAUAUUAUUAUAAUUAUCAAACUCGACAAAAAGAAAAAAAAAAUAAAGCAAUUCAACGAUCUUUGAUAAAUUUUUAUAAUUAUAGCCAUGGUGAAAAAUCAAAUAAGAGGCUUGAAAAAAGUGGAGUUGAAACAGACGAAUCGGAUAAUAGUAAUAUUAUGAAUCAAACCCAAAGUAUCGAUUCACAAUCUGAUGUAAAUAUAAUAGAUGCUACAGAAAAUCUCAAAAUUUUUAAAAUAGAAUCAAAUAUAUUUAAUAAUAAAAAUGAUUAUGAAGAAAAAGAAAGGGAUAAAAUUGAUAGCCAAGAAAAAAUAAAUGUAAUUCCUAAAAUGGGUUUAAAAGAAGAUAAGAAUUGUGAUAUAAUAAAAAUAAAUAAACAAAUAAAAAAUAAAAGGGAGAAAUAUAAAAAGGGUAGAUAUAAUAAAAAAAAGGGAAAUGUCUAUUUAUAUUAUCCAUACUAUAUUUUAUAUAAACAUAUAGAUAUAUAUAAAGAAAUAAUAAAAAAACAUAUACUUGUGGAAAUUUUUUUUCAAUAUAUUUACUAUGAAUUUAUUAUAAAUUAUAAAGAAAUAUGCAAAAAAUAUGAUAUAUAUUUAACAGAUCAUUUUUAUGCUAUGCAAUAUAUUAAUAAUAAAAAUCAUGAUUAUAUUAAAGAAAUUAAAAAAAAAAAAAAAAUGGAAAAAAUUAUAUAUAAUAUGACUAAAAGCAUUACUUAUUUGUGUGCAGAUAAAUAUAGCCCCAAAAAUCAAAAAAAAUUAAAACCUGUUUUUUUUAAUUUUGUAAAAUUAGAUGAAAAUUUUUUGCUUCCUUAUACAAAUUUAUUGGGAACUGAGAAAAAUAUUUACGAGGUUGAUCUUUUUGAUUAUUUUUCACGAUUUAAUAAUAGUUACUUUUUUUAUUAUAUAAAUAAAUAUACCAAAAAAUAUACUGGAAAAAAUGAUAAAAAUAAUUAUAUAGGAAUUAUCCCACCUAUUUAUAAAUACAUUAUUGAAGACAGCAAAAUAAUGAAAAUAUGGGGGCAUGAAGGAAUACAAAAUUUUAAAGAUAUUACACACACAAAAAAAAAUGGAAAUAUAAAAAAAAAUAAAAAAAAUUUAAAUCAUAUUUAUUAUAUUCUUAAAACCUCAAUUAAUAAUUAUCCAUAUUCAAAUUUCUUUUUUAUAUUUUUUUUAAUAUCAGUAUUUUCAUCAUUUUGGUAUUUUCGGAAAUAA